GAGAAGAACGUUGAGAUUCUUAAAUUAACGCAAACAAUCAAUUUUCUUCAGAGGGAGCUACAGAACUCCUUUGAAUGUUUUGGUGCUAAAGAUUUAGCCGAGGACUUGGCGCAAACUAAAACUCAACUAUCUCAAUCGGAAGCUGAGAAGGCCUUAUGCAAUACAGAGAAUAAAAGUUUAACCCAAGCUCUCGAAGAAAAAGAUGUUGAAGUGCUGACUUUGGGAACUACAAUUACAAGUUUGAAAAAAGAAAUUGCUAACCUAACCAAUAAAUACCCUGAGACGCACCUGGCAGAAGAAAACAAUCAAAAAACUUACUCUGAGUUGGUUUGCGAAAAUUGUGAAAUUUCUUCAAAGUACGAAGCUCUUACGAGUUCUUACAAAAACUUAAAUGAGAAAUACAAUAAUACUAUUGCGGCCUUCGACCAUAUGAAAAGAGAGCAAAGUUAUCUGGAAGAAGAUUUGACUGCAGGCUCCUCUGCCUCAACAGAAGGGGUUACGCUAAAUGAUGACGAAAUUGGAAAAUUGCGUGGAAACUGGUGUAAGUUGAAAGCGGAAAAUGAGCUGCUAGAGGAGAAAUUAAUCGAUUUAUCUAACCAGGUUCAGUUUUUGUCUCAUCAGAAGGAGAGAUUUGGAAAACCUAUCAACGACCCCAUGGGUAAACCAAAUCAAGAGCAAAACGACGGUUUGGCGCGAAACGAUUGGCGAGUUAUGGCGACAGAUGUAAAACCAGUUGACUUGACUGUUCAGCAUGAAAAAGAUAUCCAAAAAGUUGAUCUAAUGGAGGAACUAGUUUCUAAUCAUGAAAGUGCCGCUGAGGAAGAAAAAGAUGAAAACAUUUUAUUAAAGCAAGUGAAUCAACCUCUUCAGCGGGAAACUCAAGAUUCUUUCGAACAUUUGGGUGCAAAUGAUUUUGCUGAGGAUUUGGCACAAACAAAAAUCAAACUAUCUCAUUCGGAAGCAGAGAAGGCCCUAGCAAGUUCAGACAAUCUGAGUUUAAGCAAAGCUAUCGAAGAAAAAGAGCAUGAAAUUCAAAUUUUGGAGAACACAAUCACCAAUCUGAAACAGGAAGUUUCCAUUUUAGCCACCAAUUUAGCUGAGGAAAAUUCGCUUAAAGGUAGUAAUCAAAAAACGUAUUCCGAGUUGCUUUGUGAGAAGUGUGAGCUAGCUUCGCAAUGCAAAGCCCUUGAGAAUUCUUACCAAAACAUGAAUAAAAAGUAUAACCAAACAUCAGGAAAGUUGGCUGCAUUACAAAGAGAGAAUAAAAUUCUCCAGGAAGAAAUGCGUGUGCUGUCUGCUGCGAUCACAGAAGGAUCUACGGUAGAUGGUGCAACGCUUGACAAAUUGCGCGAAGAUUGCUGCCAAUUGAAGGCAGAAAAAGAGCUCCUGGAUGAAUCAAAUCUCAAAUUGUCUGGUCAAAUUCGUCUUAUGACGCACGAGAAUAAAAAGUUAAACGAGCAGCAGAAGGUCUCCAGGAAUCAGACAGACUUUGAAUCGAUGUAUGUAGAGAAUCGGGAAGAAGAAGUUCUGCCAAGGAUGAGUAUGCAUGCACCUGAAGUUGCAAUCAAUAAUGCAGAGUUGAAUUCAAUGCCACAACAUUUGCAAUGGACGAAUUUGUCGCUCCAGCACGAAAAAGAUGUUCGUAAAAUUGAAGAGCUUGAAGGUAUUCUUAGUAGCUGUCAGAAAUCAAUCGAAGAAGAAAAGGCUGAAAAAUUGAAGCUCUCACUAGUUAAAAACUCUCUGCAGAAUGAGUUGCAGAAAGCCUUGGAGCAAGAUGGGUCUAAUGAUCUUGCCGAUGAAAUGGUUUCAUUGAAGACUCGCUUGUCUGAAAUUGAAUCUGAAAAAAGUUUAGCGGUUGCCGAAACCACCACUAUGCGUCAAGUUUUUCAAGGAAAAGAACUUGAAAUGGAAAUGCUGAGAAAUACAAACAGUAACCUGAAACAAGAAAUGGCAAGUUUAGCUGAAACUCUUGCUCCGAAAUCAGCAUUUAUAGAAAACUUCCCAAAAGCUUAUUCCGAUCUAUUAUAUAAAAAUUCUGAGCUCGCUUCCGAAUGCAAAACUUUGAAGGAAGAAUUCAAAAAUCUCAAGAACAGCAAUAAGGAAUUUUCAGAAAAGUCUUCUCUGCUCGAAAAGGAGAAGUCACAUCUCAUAGAUGAGCUAAAAGUGCUCUCUGGGAAAAAAGUGAAAACUUCUGAAUCCGCUUUGGAUGAUGUCAAUGCAAUUGCAACGCUAAGAGAAAAAAUUUGCCAUUUGAAAGCGGAAAAAGAUUUACUAAACGAGAACGAGCUCAAACUGAUUGCUAAAAAUAAUUUGAUUACAAAGGAAAACGACAGUUUGAAAGUGCGAAGUGUACUUUCAGACCAGCAAACUCCAGAUAUUGCUCAGCUCAAAACUCAGAAUGAAAACCUAAAAUCUGAACUUAGACAACUUGAAAAAUUGAAGUCGCCAAAUUUGUCUGGUUUGGUAAAUGAAGAACAAAUAGACCCCAAAAUUCACCAACACGUGACUCGAAACUCGUUUGUAGGAAAAUCUGUCUAUAAUGAUUUGCAAAGUCGAUAUGAAAUUGCAGUGAAGAGAAUCGAAAUGCUCGAACUUGAAUUGGAAACUGUCGAAUCGAAAUUUGACGUGGAAAAAAUGGAAAAAAUGAAAUUGAAUCAAGUCAAAUCAUCUCUUCAGAAAGAACUUCAAAGUGUUUUGAACCAAAUUGGUCCGCAAAAUUUGGUUGAAGAUUUAAUUGAAUUGAAAACUCAUUUGACAGAAAUUACAUCUGAAAUGUCUUUAAUGAGUUUAGAAAACGAAAAACUUUCCAAAAAAGUUGAAAAUACAGAGUCGGAGAAAGCGAAGUUGAUUGCCACAAACAACAAUUUAAGAAAUGAAAUGGCAAAACUAGCAAUGAAUAAUGUCGAAAAUUCCGUGGAGAUACCGGGAAUCGAUUCUAAGACAUAUUCCGAUUUGCUGUUUAAAAAUUGCGAGCUCAUAAGUGAAAAUGAAAUUCUGAAACAAAAUAUUCAAAAGUUGAACAACAAAAACGAAAAAAUUUUGGGACAAACUGAGUUUUUGGAAGUAGAAAAGAAAACCCUGAAGGAAGAGUUACAAUCAGUUUCAAGAAAUCAAACCUCGUUAACUGAAAUAGACGAUGAUUUGGUAGCUUCCUUGCGAGAAGAAUUAUGUCAUCUGAAGUCUGAAAACGAAGUAUUGACUAAAAACGAGCUGAAGUUAUCGAACGACAAUCUUUCAUUAAUUCAAGAUAACAGAAUUUUGCAAAAACAGUGUGAAAAGUUGGAAGAUGAAUGCAAUAAAAAAGCCUCAAAUAAUUUUUAUCAUGCAAAAUCAGCGUCUCUGGGGAGUAUUUCAGGUUCAAAUUGGGAACGAAGAGGCUCGUUGCUCAUGAUGGAUGCUGAGAAUGAAGUUCUCAAAGAUCAACUUGAGAACUCCCAGCAGAAAUUAGUAGCUGAAACAAGAUUGGCCGACCAAUUGACCAAUAAGAAUGAAGCGCUAGAAAAAGAAGUAAAACGAUUGAUGGAGACUGAAUUUUCGGCCAUCGCAAACUCGGAAAACGAGCAAAUACUCCAAGAUUUGAUAGACUCAAAAAUGAAGAUUCAAGCAUUUGAGACCGAAAAGUUUAAUUUGGCAGUAGAACUUGAGAAAUGUGACAAAACUGUUGAGCAAAAACAGGAGGAAUGUCAGAAGUUGAAAGUUUUUAAUGAGCAUUUAACAGCAGAACUGCAAAAUCUCUUACAGAACCCGAAUAAAGAGUCUUCAAUGUCUGCGAAAGUCCUCGCGCAAGAACUUUCAACGCUCAAAGUAGAGAAUCUGGAAUUAAAUGCUGAAAUUGCAGCUCUGAGUGAAAAACUAGAAGAAAUGAAAGAAAACGAGAAUGCUUUGAAAAACGAGCUGGAAAUUUUGGAAUCGGAAAAGGAAAAAUUGGAAUCAAUUUUAGACAACGAUUUUGAUCAAGGGUCUCAAAUUUUGGACACACUCCAGCAAUCAAACAACGAAAACGCGGAACUAUUUUUGAUGCAAAAGGAAGCAGAGGAUUUGAAAGAAAAGCUUUCAGAAGAACAGAAGAAGAAUCUAGAAUAUUCUGGAACAAUUGACACGCUUCAGAGGUACUCCGAGAAACUUUCGAAUGAGUUGUACAAGGUCACGCCGUACAAAACAGAAAGUGAGCUUAAGGAAUUUGUAAACUCAGGGUCAACAGAAAACAAGGAAUUUGAAAUGAAAUUGAAAGUUUCAAUUGAUCAGCUGAACGAAAAUUUGAAAGAGGCUCUUGAUGAAAAUGCGCUUCUUGUUGAAGAAAUUAAUCAGUUAACCCACGAAAAACAAGUUUUGGAGGAUGUUCAAAACUCACAUCUGUCGCAAAUUUCUGAUCCCGAAAAAGAGCUAAUUCUCGCCAAACAAGAACUGGGCUUGGCUAAUGUUGCCUUAGAAUCUUUAGAACGGAAGUUUGAACUAUUGAAAAAGUCUGAACAAGAGGCAAAACAGACACUUGAAGUUAUAAAAAUGGUCGAAAGUAAAUAUUCGCCGGAAGAAGCAAAAAGUAUCACUGCUGAAAUUUUGAGCGGAUCUAGCAACGAUGAAAAUCAAGAAUUGAAAGCAGAAGCGUUUGAGUACAAAUUGCGCAACAGAGAGCUUGAAGAGGAAAAUAUGUACCUGAAGACGUCGAAAAGUCGUCUUGAAGGCGAGCUAGACAGUGCAUUGAGUCAGAAUCCAUCCGAAAUUUUCCAGAAUCUCCUGCAGACGAGAAAAAAGCUGAAUGAACUAGAAAUAGAAAGAGAUCUCCUGAAAAACCGUUUGAAUUCGGUCUUGCCUGAAGAUGAAAAAAUACCAAUUGAGAAAUCUUCUUCAGCUGAGCAACAACAAAUAGAAAGCAACAACAACGAACCGCUUUCUAAAACUACAGUUGGCUCAAAGCUUUCAGAGUUGCAGGAGCAUCUGGAAUCUUCCAGAAUGAUCAAAGAAGAUCUCAAUGAAAAACUUCACCAAAGUUUGGUUACAUCGCUUGCGGAACAUUCAAAGCAGGAUGCUCAUCAUCUGAAGCCAGAAGUUGUUCGGAAUACGAUAUCUGAUCUUGAAGCGAAAGACGACUCGAUGAGCACGUUGGUCGCAGAAAUUCAGACAGAAGUGCAAACGGACAAACAGAAGAUCAGAAAAAUUAGCAAAGUGUUGGACACUUUGACUGAAGAAAACACAUCUUUGAAAGACCGGUUAGCUUCUACAAAAGAGAGACCAAAAUUGCAAGCCGAGCAAGCAACUGCCGGAAAUGAUUUGGAAAGGUUGCAGAAGAACUUUGCGGACUCGCAUGACCAGAUUUCUCAAUUGGAGCGGGAAAUUUAUAAAUUGAACCAGGAGAAGAAAAAUCUAAUUGAAAGAAUUGAAGUUUUAUCUAAGAAAAAUGAAGCAAUGCAUAUUAAGACUCUAAAUUUGGCCCCACAAGCACCCAGAACAUCGAUUGAUGAACAGAAAUUAGCGGAUCAGUUUUCGCUCAUCAAAGACAAGGAGGCGGAAAAUGCUGCUUUGCUUUCACAGGUGAAAGACUUGAAUUCAUCUGAGAAACAGAGUCGCGAGAAAAUCAAAUCACUUGAAAUUGACAAAGCCAAGCUAGAAUCUAAGGUCGGUCCAUUGAAGAAAGGAGCUGCUCUUAAAAAGAUGGACCCAAUGGAACGAAUUCGGGAAUUGGAGGCUGUCGAAAAGCUAUUGAAAAAGAAAAAUAACGAGACUGAAAAGUUGUACGACGCGGAAUUGGUUAAAACUCAAGAUCUCCAGUUACAAAACACGCAGUAUCAAAAACGACAGGAAUCUCUGUUAGAAAGCGAACGUGAAUUGGUCUCAAAGCUGAGCAAAAUUGAGAAGCUGGAAAGAGCUCUGCAGGAAUCUGAAGCGUCUGUGACAUUUUUACGCGAAAAUGUUUUGGAAUUAGAAGAGCAAGUUGCAGCAUCAAACCAGCCUGCUGACGUUCAUGAUCGAAGUGUGAACACAGAAGCAAUAAUGACGUGUGAACAAGGUGUGAAUGUAGUAACAACAGAAAAGAUGCAAUCAGGAAGCGCAACGAUAGCUGCGAGUACGCGUGAACAAUUGACCAGUACUGAAAAUGUUGAAACAUCUGAAAAUUUUACAAAUACUGAACAUAAAUUUGACACUGGUGGCGAAAUCAAACAGUGCAAAAAACUAACAUUUGACAAUUUUACUAACACCGAAACAACAUUUGAAGGCAAAGACGAAACCAAACUUGACAGAAAACGAACAUCUGAAAACUUCACAAACACUGAAACUACCUUUGAAGACCGAAACCAAAUCAAACUUGAAGAGACUUCCAAAGUGGACGAACUUAAAAUUGAAAACGAGCAGCUUAAAGUUGAGCUAAAAGGUUUGAAGGAAUUUACUUCAAAAAUGAAAAAGCAACUCGUUAAACCGAAGGAGUCGAAAGUCGAACCCAGCAAAGACGUCUCCACAAUGACAGAGGACUGUGAGAAAACAGCGCAAAUUGUGGAAUCUGAGUUUGUCGAGGCGACUCAGAGUAGUGAUUGCUUUUCUGAACUUCCGGCUUUUGAUGAAUCUGCUAAUAAUUUGCUCUCGAAGCCAGAAAGUUCUUCGCCAUCACCAGCUAAAAUUGAAGAAAAAACGUUGGCUAUACCAGAGCUGAAAAAAUCUGAUGCCAAACGGAACGUCAAACCGAGAUCGAAUCUUGAGUCGCUUUUACGAAAAAGAAAUUUAACCUCAAAAACAGACGGCAAAGUUAAGCAAAAGUCCAAAAAAGUCGAGGAAAAAGUUGAAAAAAGGAAACGCGAGGAGUCCGAAAUGGUUUUUGAAGAAGACAUGGCAUUGAAAGCAGAAACGAACGACGAGCUGGAAAGUGCGCUGCCGACAGAUUUUGACGACUUUGAAACCAUAGAAGUGGAAAAAGAAAAACUAGCUGAAAAAGUUUUCUCGCAGGCAAAUUUGAUGAAAGAGCUCGUGUCAAAAUUAAAAUCCGAUUUGGUUCAUUUGAAAGCAGAUAGCGCGGCCAUGCGAGAAAAGCUCCUCAAGGAGCUAGCCAAUCUAGAGAGUCUGCUUCAAACUUCUUUCGAGAAUGUUCUAGAAGAAUCUGAAGUGGAAAGGAAAGAGAAAGACUGUCAAAUUAAUAGUCUUCAAGAAGAUCUGGAGCUGACAAAUCAAGCUUUAAACGAGAUUUCGAACGAGUUUGAGAAUUUGCAGGACGAAGCUGAAAAUUUGAAGCAGGAAUUGGAGUCUGCACAGAGUGAUCAAUUUGCCAGUCAAAAUUGGGCCGAAGAGAAAAUUAUUUUCCAAGCGACUGUUGACAAUUUGCAAAAUCAAAUGGAAGAAAACGAACAAGAAUUUGAAGAAGCUUUGAGAAAAACUGAACAAAAAGAAGAGAUGAUUGUUACGUUGACGCAAACGUCAGAAAAUUUAGAAAGUGAGCUUAAAGCGAAGAAGUUGGAUUUGCAAAAAGCGAAUUUGGAACGAGAUGAACUGAUCAAAAAAGUUGAAAGCAUAGCUCAAGAACAAGAAAUUUCUAAAAGUAAAUUGGCAGAAUCUGAAAUUGAAAUAAAAAAUUUGGAAAAAACGAACCACAGUUCGACACAGCAGAUAAAUGAAUCAGGAAAACUUAUUUUGGACCAGAAAUCCCAAAUAGAAAAGUCCAAUGGCGAGCGGAAAAAAAUGAAAAUGAAAAUACGAGACCUUGAAAGUGGAAUCAAAAAGAAAGAAGCUGCACUUAAAAAGCUGGAAACUGACCUCGAAAAUGUUAGUCUGGAAUUGAUUGAUUUUAAAAGAGACAAUAAAAGGUUAAAUUCAGCAUUAAAUGAGAGCCAAACUCAAUUAAACAGGCUAUCAAAUGAAAAAAGUAAUUUGGAAACUGAAGUAGCGAAGUUGAAGGAAAGUUUAAGAGAGGAAACUGAAAAUUCAAGUUUGACAAAAGACAAUUGUAAACAGCUGCAGGCCGAUUACAAUAAAAUUUUGAAAGAACUCAAUGAGACAAAAGAAGAAGAUGAGGAAAAAUCAUCGAUAAUAACUAAUUUAGAAUCGGAAAAACUAAAUUUGAAAGCGAAGCUGUCUAAUAUUUCAGACGAUAAACGAAGUCUCGCAAGCGAGCUAGAAAAAUGUACCGACGAUCUAAAAUCGCUGCAAUGUGAAAACGAAGAUUUGAAGAACUCUCAAAGUGUUCUGAAAGAACGUCUCGAAGAUUUGAAGGAUUCUAAGUUGGAGAAAGAAAAGAGUCUCAAUGCUUGCGAGGAAGACAAAAUGGUCCUGCAAGAAUCCGUUUCAAUGUUGCAGACUGAUCUUGCUAAUGCGAAUCGUACCGUCAAAAAUUUAGAACACGCAAAGGAUAAAUUGCUUAAUGAACUUAAAACAUCCAAAGAAGCUUUCAAUGAACUCGAAAACAGCCUGAACAAUUUUACCAACGAAAACGAAAUGACGAAAGCCGAGCAAUCGAGACUAUUGAACCAACUAAAGUUUUCAGAGAAACGAAUUUCCGACCUAACGGGCCAAGUCGAGGAAGGAAAGUGCCAAUUAGCAGAAAUUGAGAAGCAGCUCGAACUGUCGAAAAGUGCUGAAAAUGAAGCGAAGCAAUUGGCAGAAAAGGCAGCUCUGCAUUAUGAAAAAGAAAUAUUAGAGAAAAAUGAAAAGCUGGAUGAUUACCAGAAACAAUUGAACGAACUAGCAGGAGAUAAAUCAAAUUUGGAAAACAACCUGCUGAGGAAAUCGGAGGACUUGGAGGCCAGUCAGAUAGAGGUGGUUGAAUUGAGUAGCCAGGUGCGCAAUUUGACAGACUCCGUGAACAAUUUUGGAGACAUGGAGACAAGACUGAACAACAGCAUCAACGAGUGUGAACAGCUGAAACAACAGCUAACUCAGGAAAAGCGAAACUGGCAAGAACUUCAGAAAUUUCACGUCGAAGCCAAAAUUGAAUUAUCUCAUGUAACGCAAGCAAAAGAAGAUUGUCUGAAGACAAUUCAGAACCUGAACGAAGAGCUAAAAUCGGCCGACCAGAAAUUGCAAGAGGAGAAAAUAGAGUUGAAGAAAAUGGAAGGGGAACUUCAGAAUAAGGAUGCAUUAUUGGACGAUGCUCAAAUAGAGAAGGAAUCUUUGAUUGCUUUGAUUGAUCAACUUGAGAAGGAGAAGAAACAAAGAACAGAAAAGGAGGAAAAAGAGGACGAAUCACUGAAAGAGGAAUUGACUGAAUUAUUGUCUGCCGAAGAAUCAGUUCGAUACCAGAUUGAAAACAUAGAGGCUGAGUUGUGUGGGGCGGAUGAGCAGUUGAGUGAGCACGAGAGAGUGAAGGGGGAGUGUUGGAGGGGACUAAUGGACACGCAAGAGGAGAUGAAAGACAUCACCCAGAGAGUGGAGCAGAUCAACGCACAACUGGAGAAGAGCAGGCUUCAGGAGGAGGAAGGAGAUGGUGUGGUUGACUGGAAUGUGGCGGUCGAGGAGAGGGUGAAUCUGGAGACUGAAGGAAGGAGGGCCAUUGCCAGAAUGCACUCUCUAGAAACAGCGAAGCAGAGGCUGCGAGACCAAUUGACGGCACUGAAGAAUAAAGAUGCAACUCUGUUCAACGACUUGAGGAUUCAAGAAUUGGAUGACGAAUUGCUACAGCAUAAUGAGGAAUUGGACGCAAUAAUGGUUAAAAUCAACGGCAUUGAGAACCGAUUGGCAACGAAAGAGGAAUCGGGCGAGAAUGGCCAAUCAGCAGAGAGAUUACAUAAUCACUUGCAUCAGAUUAGAAACAACCAAUCAAGAGCGGUUUCAGACGGAAGGAAUGCAAGUUCACAGGUGUUCCAGCAUCGCGACCAGAUUGCCGAGUUAGAGGAAACGGCGAGUGAGCUUCGGGCUCAGAUCGACACUAUGAUCUCACGUGAACAGUCUCUGAGGUCGAAAUUGGCGAGCAAAACGGAAGAGGAGCAGAAAAAACGUCAGGAGGUGAACGAGUUAGAGGAACAGGUGCUGGACUUACGCAAGAGGUUACGUAAUGAGGAGUCGGAACAUUCGAAUGCACGGAAGCAAGUAUGGGACAACGAUACAGCCAUCAAAAAUCUUCAGGACGAAUUAGCUGCCGCGAAAACUGAUCUGGAAAAGGAGCGGAAGACCGCUAAAGAUUUAGAGGAGAAAAUGGAAAGGGGAGUGCAGAAGUUGGAAGGCUUGAAAAAAAUUGUGACAGAGCAAAACGCGGUUCAAAAAGCAAGAGAGCAAGAACUGAAAACAGAAGUAGACAAUCUGAAACGCCAGAACGGGAUUUUGAGGAACAAUUUGAAAGCGAUGGAGAAAGAAUUGAAACGAAAAAGCGCGGAUGAAACUGUUUCGCGGACUGAAAUAUCACAACUUAAAGCUGCGUUGGAAGCUAGAAAUGAGUUCGAAAAAUCAUUUGUCGAUCAAAUGGUCGAACUUGAAGAAAAACUGGAAGCGUCCGAAAAUGAAAAGACACAGCUUGAAAAUAUGAUGCAAAGCUUAAAUGCAACUUUGCAUGAGCGGGAACAACUUGCUGCGGGUUUGAGUGAAACUUUGCACGCCAAGGAUGCAGAAAUUUUGAACUUGAAUCACACCUUAGAAAGUAUGAACAAAUUGGUAAGCGACAGUGAGACACAAUGUGAGCCGAUGGUUGUUAAGCCGGCUGAAAAAGUACUCUCAAAGAGAAGCCAAACUGAUGAACAGGAUGCUUAUCCGGACGAUACAGAGCUUGUCAGGCUGAAAAGGAGGUUGAAAGACGCUCAAAAUGAAAUUGAGGUUCUAAGAACUCAACUCAGAACAGUCGGAGAUCAUGAAAGGGAGCAAAAAGGUGAAAUCGAAAGUCUGACAACAGUUUCAGAAGCCUUGACACAGCAACGUGAAAUAAAUUUCAAACUCCGAGAAAAAGUUGAGAAAAACUUUGAAGAUAUGAAACACAUGGAGAUUGCUAUUGAUUCUCUUAAAAGCGAGAACAAAAAUUUGGAGGAUUCUGUAAAACAUUGGGAGCUUUCAGCGUUCGAUAACAGUAAAGAGUUCAUUUCGAUUCCUAUGCAGGAGUUUGACAAAUUCCAUGACGUUGUGAGAAGGAUGCAUGAGCUGGAGCGAACUUUGAACUUAAUUGAGAAAUCGGAGAAGCAACAUCGUGAAAAGAUGGAGGACGAGUCGCUACAAGUGCUCAAUUACUCCAAUUUCUACUCUCGUCACCAGUCUACUCAAACGAACGCGCCUGAGCAUAUUGUGUUCACGCCAACUCAAACCAUAAAGCGUGCAAUAUCUACAUACAUGGAAGGUGACGACGAAGAUGACGUGAUGGAAUUGAGCAACCCUCGGAGCCGUGUAAGAGUCCGACUGUUGAUGUACAUGCUAAAUAUGGUUCCGAAGCUGAACCGAGUUCGACUAGAGCGAGGUGUGAUUUCUGUCGACGAUGUAUUUUUGGAUGACUGUGGUUUUGCUUCGUUCAUGUGCCCGAGAAAUUUUCAGUCUAGCAUGCACGCUCAACUUCAGCUCAUUAUAAGCGGAUCCGAGCAAAGUUUGAACGACAGGCUAGCUUCUGUUCAAAUGGAAACAGAACUGACCAUGCAAGAUAUUCUAAAGGUCAUAGAUCAAGAUCCAGUUUUGGAUGACUUGAGUCGUGGCCAGAAACAGAAUUAUGAAGCUCUUGAAAAGGUGAUGAGGGCAAGGACUCAAUUGAUUUUCGAAGCUUGGAAAGAUAAAGAAACUACAGAAGCAAAACUAGAAGAUGUGUUGAACACCUUCGAAGACCGGAUUCAAGAUCAAGUGCAACUCCAGAAGGAAUUCCAAGUUUUGAAUGAGAAUUUGAAGAGAGUGAUUUCGGACCCUGACAAUGAGUUGUUUGAAGCUUUGGGCUCAAUUGCCGACGAAAUAAACGCAAAAACAAAUGACAUUUACGAACUGCAGAGCAAAAUUGAAAAUAACAGCGACAAACUGAAAGAUUCAGCUGAGGACUACUUUCUUAAGUUGAGAAAUUCUAAUCUGGAAGUCGACGCGGUGAGAAAACAAAGUCAGCAGGAAGCUGCAAAAUGGCUGAAGAAAUAUCAGGCCAAGGUAUAUGAUGUUCAGGCGCUGGAAACUGAACUCAAUUUUCUGAAAGAAGCUGUCUUGUCCUUACCUGGAGGUCGAGAUCUAGUUCAGAGAUUCGAAGUAGACCAACAGUUCGACCGCCAUGUCGAUGCUGGCUCUCUAUCCCCCCAAAUGCUUCAUUUAGUGUCCUCAAAGUACCCUCAAAUUGCGCAGAAAUUGAACCAGACUUCGGGACUGUUGAGUGAAUUUCCAGUGAGUACUUUACCAGUUCUGGAUCCUCCUGAAAACUGCAAAAUUGUGCGAAUAGUGGGAGUAGGGUCAAUUCUGGUAGCUUGGAACGCGCCCACAAGUCGCGACCAUAUCCAAGGGUACCUUAUAUUUGUUGACAAUGUUAAACAGUCCAUUGAGUGUGGAUCCAACGACCAGCAAGCGAUUGUGCCUCUGAGGGAACUGGAAAGACCGAGUUUGAUUUCGGUCCAGGCCUUUACUGCCACAUUGAAGUCCCAACUGGUGACCGUAUUGUUUCCUGGACGAAGCGAGUUCAGUGCAAGAAAUGAGUCACAUUCUCGGAAUCCUGGAAAAGACGCGCCCGAUUUCGACAAGUCUCUGGUUAAGCAUCAAGUGGCGACAUACGACUACAACCCCGAGGAACAGAGUCCGAAUGAUAAUCCCGACAUGGAGCUAGCCUUCUGCGAGGGUGACGUCAUCACGACUUAUGGUGAUGUAAGAGCAGACGGCUUUUUCUACGGCGAGAUGAAUGGUUUAGCGGGACUUGUGCCAAGUAACUUCGUCGCCGUUCCGACAGAACUCAAUGCCAAUAUCGACAUUUCUAAUAGUGAUUGAAGCAUUAACAGAAAUUAAAAAUAGGAAAAAACAAUCUCGUUAAGUAAACUCUUCUUGUAUUUUUCAGUUUGUAUAUAAAGCCAAAGUUUAGAUUACUUAAAAAGUACAAUAAAAUUUUAUAGAUUUUU